AUGCCGGAAUGGAUUACUGCUUAUGGAAGACUAUGUACAGACAAUGUUCUGGAUUAUUUUUCACAAUCCCCAUUUUAUGAUCGACAUUCAAACAAUGAAGUUCUUAAAAUGCAAACACAAUUCAACACAUUGGGAGAUCUUCAUGGCCAUUUGAAGAAAAUGCGUGGAAUUGAAUUUGUUAUUUCAACAGAAAAAGAACCAGAUAUAUGGGUAAUCUAUAAACAACACCGAUCAAGCGAACAUAAUGCAUCUGUACUUGCAGUAUAUUUUGUAGCAAACGAAAGUAUUUAUAUGGCACCAAGUAUUCAUUCUGUCAUUUCUUCUCGUAUGCUAAAUAUUAUUUUAUCACUUCGACAAGCGUUAGCUUCUGUUCAUAAUUUACAUCAUUUUUCUUCUAUAACUGAAUAUUCAUAUUCUACUCCAGAAGAAAUUCCUUCAAAGGACUUACCAAUACAUAAUAUUAAGGCAAAUCAACAUGUACGAAAAGCACUAAACGAUGCAAUACGUGAAAAGUUUUAUGAUAUGGCUCAAAACAAAGAUAUAACAAAACAAGAACCUCAAGAAAAUACCUUAGAAGAUCAUUUUAAACCCAAAUUUGAUCCUACUUCAACUAAUAUAAAAAAAAAAAAAAAAACAAAAAAAAGCGAAACUCCUACUUCUCCACAAAUACAACACUAAACUCUUACUAAGGCUUUUUCUUUUAAAAAUCUUUACAUACUCUUAA